AUGAUGGUCUCCGAAGAGGAGCUCUCAAAGAUGUCAAAGAUGUCGGUGGCAGAGACCGCCUUGGAGCCGAAGGGACGAUACAGUGUCGACCACCGAGCUCUGCUUUUUGGGUCGCGCUUUGGCCGGGGCGAUGUCGUGAACACGAAGGGCAAGGCCGCAGCCAUAGCCUAUGCCGCCGCCGAGCAGGAGGAGCUCCAGCUGCAGAACGAGGCCAAGAAGAGUCAUUGA